AAAUAUAAAAACUUACACCUUAAUGCGAACGAGUUUGGCGAAUCUGAGAGACGAGAGUAACGCUGUGUAGUUCCCAUCAGAUACCUCUGCUCUCGCCGGUACCCACCGUUGACGCUUCGAGGAUGACACCUUAUUGCUUCCCUCUCUCAUUCUUCAUAUUUCUCCUUCAAUUCACCGCCUUUGCUUCUUCUUCUUCUUCCACCCACAUUUUGCAGGAUGUUCUGAAAGCGGUGUCGGCGAAACAGAAGUGGGAUUUCUUCCAACGACAACGACGACAACGUGAGAGUAACCAAGUUGGAUGUCGGAAAGGUUAGGUUCGGGACCUCCCUGAGCUACGAGUUCCGAAUCGGAAUGGGCAGUGAUAAUGAUAACUUCACCCUCAAAUUCGCAGACCAAGUUACCACGUGGAACAAGUUCAGAACACCAUUUCCCGAUUUGCCCUCUCUCGUUCACCGGCUCGGUUCCUUCCCACUCCUUCAUACCCUCAAAUUAGAAGGUCCCUUUGCGUUGCGGGUCGAUGCCCUUCACAACCUAUCGCUUUCCCUCCCCAUGAAUGUUUCAUACACUUGUUUGAAACACAUCCUUGUUGGUGAGGGUAUUACAGUAGAAGUGAGAAGAGCACAAGAAAUCUCUCUUUUUACUCGUCUGAUCUUGAUUUGCAAAUGAAUGGAAGUGCCAUGUGUAGUGAGGGGAAGAGUGACCUUUGGCCCUUUUUGCAUUCAACUUGCAUGACUCUAAUUCCCAUACGCAUAUCAGGCUCUGCAUCUUUGGUUGCUUAUAGAGCUCGAAACUCUUAUGCACACAUAGCAACUACAUUGAUUUCAGAGGAUGCUAUUGAGCUGCUUCCAGAAAAAUGUUACCAUGGUCGUAUGUUUAGAAAGCGAGCAUGCCCCAUUGAUUCCUUAAGUUUGAGAUUAAGUAUAUUGGAGAAAGUUUUGAGGAGUCUUCUUGAGCGUAAGAUACUUAAAGAUCAGCUUUUUGGCCUUCUCAAAGCAAAUAUUAAAGCAUCAGCUGUUGUGAAGUUCCCCUUAGAAUUAGAAAGAGACCUAAGUAAUAAUGCCACUCUUAAUCGUACGAUUCCUGAUUGGAGAACGAGGCCUAGUUUUGAAAGGUUCUGGUUUGAGAUAUUGGCCAGAGUUGAGGGAAACACGCUCAAGCCUCUUUUAAUCAAGAAAGUAAGACCUUUUAUUGAAUCAGUUUCAGUUUCCUAGGCGCAUUUGAUGUCCAAUAUGUCAUACACAAAGUUGAGACCCGUUUUUCUUCCUCCGGAGCCUCUUACACUGGAUGUGAAAUGGUAGGAGAAACUCUUGUAAGUUCUAAUAUAUAUUUUUUUUACACUUUUUUAGGUUAUGUUUGUAGAUUCUUCAGUUGAUCUUGUUAUAUGCGAGAGUUCACCAAUUCUUGUAAAAUAUUACUCAUGCACUCAUGAUUGGUCAUGUAAAUACCAAAAUAGGAGAGGAGAAAGAAGAGAAAAGUAAUUUGCUUUUACACGAUUUCGUUGUCUUCUAGGAUAUGAACCUAAUUCUUUAAUUGGUACCUCUGAUGAAGCAGUUUGGACUAAGCUGGUGUGCUAUUUGGUAAUGUGUUUUUUACUAUGUUAAGUGGUUGGGCUGAUUAUGAAAAAAAACAUCUAUGGGGGAGGUAUUUUAUGUGCGGUGUGCUACUGUGCUUUAUGUUUGGUUAUGAAUACAGUCUUCAAGAACUUAUUAUCCUGUUAGCCCAUAUUUUUGAUGAGCUAAAAUAUGCUCUAAAUACGCAUUAGAUGUCGUCUCGAGUUUCGAAGCGUAUUAAAGAGCAAGAAUCUUGUCAGGACUUGUUCGAAUCGAAAAGAGAGAAGAGGUUUUUGAAAGGGAUUCCCAGGCUCAAGGAAGUAUUUACGAAGUACAAGGCUAAGACAAGAAAAAGGGCUUCGAACCAUUGGGCGAUUCGAGUUGGCGUAUGGUCGAGUCGAAGUCAAGGCAGCAAGAUUUCUGGACUUAGCACAAUUUCUGACAAAACUUCACAAAAUCAGUUCGACUUCGAGCAAUGAGGAUAACCGUUCUAAGGAGCAGUUAUGUGCAUGUAAGGUGUACGUAGCAGGACACUUGGCAUUAGGAUAGUGUUCGACCGUUAGGGCAGUUUAUUUUCGAAUGUCUAUAUAUAGCAGUUUUUAGUCAGAUUUCGGGGUCGCAAAUCAUAUAUACAAAUCCUUAUACACUCAAAGUACCCAGCGCAGAGAGAAACGAGUACGCAAGGAGAAUGUAUGUUUGUGAACCAUUUUAAGUUCCUGUAAACUUUACAUUUCGAAUGCAAUGCAAUUUACGUUUCAUUUUACAUAAUUCCUGUCUUUUAAAUGGCUCAUUCGAUCGAAUGAACUUGUUGGUCCUUUAAAUUCUGUAAUUUACCUUUCCCUUGUCAAGUUACUUCCAGCAUUUCGAUUCUUUCAAAGAAUUUUUACUUUCUGCAAACCUCAAAACCAAUGAAUGUUCGUUGCAACGAUGAACAUCAAAAGCUUUACGUUUAAAGCGAACAUACAAAUGGCAUGCUCCUGAGAUUCACUAGUUGGUCUCGCAAGCAAUUAACUUAGACUAGCGAUUGUUUACCAAAUUUCAGCGUAAACAAAUUGGCACGCCCAGUGGGACCGGUCAAUUGUGUGUUUUGGCUUUAAAAUUAUUAUUAAAGUUUUGUUUAGAACAGUUAGUUUAUUGCAUUCUUAAUUGUUUUGACCUUGUAUGCAUUUAAGAAGUGGAAAAUCUGUUCCACACUUAACAGAAUUCAAAACUCGUACAAGGAUGGCUAGACCACCCCCAAGUAAUCGAAACAAUGACCUUCCAAAUAUGGAGGGGCAACCAACGCAGACAUCUGUCAGUAAUGCCAAUAUAAAUUCCAGCGUAAACAAAUUGGCACGCCCAGUGGGACCGCUAGUCUAAGUUAAUUGCUUGCGAGAUCAACUAGUGAAUCUCAGGAGCAUGCCAUUUGUGUGUUUGCAUUAAACGUAAAGCUUUUGAUGUUCAUCGUUGCAACGAACAUUCACUGGUUCGAAAUUUGCAGAAAGGAAAAUUCUUUGACAGAAUCGAAAUGCUGAAAGUAACUUGACAAGGGAAGAUAAAUUGCAGAAUUAAAAGGCUCAACAAGUUCAUUCGAUCGAAUGAACCAUUUAAAAGACAGGAAUUAUAAAGUGAAACGUAAAUUGCAUUGCAUUCGAAAUGUAAAGUUUACAAAACUUAAAAAUGGUUCACAAUCAUACAUUUUCCUUGCGUACUCGUUUCUCUCUGCGCUGGGUACUUUGAGUAUAUAAGGAUUUUGUAGAAAUGAUUUGCGGCCCCGAAAUCUGACUAAAAACUGCUAUAUAUAGACAUUCGAAAAUAAACUGCCCUAACGGUCGAACACUAUCCUAAUGCCAAGUGUCCUGCUACGUACACCUUACAUGCACAUAACUGCUCCUUAGAACGGUUAUCCUCAUUGCUCGAAGUCGAACUGAUUUUGUGAAGUUUUGUCAGAAAUUGUGCUAAGUCCAGAAAUCUUGCUGCCUUGACUUCGACUCGACCAUACGCCAACUCGAAUCGCCCAAUGGUUCGAAGCCCUUUUUCUUGUCUUAGCCUUGUACUUCGUAAAUACUUCCUUGAGCCUGGGAAUCCCUUUCAAAAACCUCUUCUCUCUUUUCGAUUCGAACAAGUCCUGACAAGAUUCUUGCUCUUUAAUACGCUUCGAAACUCGAUACGACAUCUAAUGCGUAUUUAGAGCAUAUUUUAGCUCAUAAAAAAUAUGGGCUAACAAAUUGCCCCCAAAAAAUGUCUGCUUCGAUUCGAGAUCGAAGGAAGAUGAGAAGUUGACAUUUUUUUUUCUCUUCUUCUACCAGUUUUCCUGAAACGGCGUCAUGAUCGCACGUUCACUGUGUAACCGUCGCCUCGAUCUCCCACUACCCAUCAUUAAUUCCACUUUUCUAGGCAAAGUGGGACACGUGUCAUGCUGGGGAAUCGGAAGGGAAAUCUGAUGUGAUUGAUUUUUGACCAUUGAUUAUUAUAUUGUUUUUUCCCCUUUUAAAAAUGAAACUCCAUAAAUAGCGCCAGAAAACUCCAGAAAACCCUUCAGCUUCUCUGCUUCCAAAACCCUUCUUCUUCUUGUUGUAUCUCCGGCGAAACCUUUUCAUUUUCAGACAUCAACUUACUACUCCUUUCAUCAUCAACCUCACCGUGUCUCUGAGCUUUGCCAUUGUUCUCCGUGAGUCCAAGCUUUUACUCACUGAUUCCAUCAGUUACCAAACCCUUCGUAAGAAUCAUCCUCUUUCAAAUUUCUUACGAUGUCGCAAGAACAAUCAGUUCCGUUUGCUGGGAAGUGGCACCACUUUACAGUCAGGACUGAUGGAGAAAAGGUGGUUCCAGAACCACAUGGUGACGCCGAACAAACAGAAGCCUGGGAAUCAGAGGUGAUGAUCCCUUUCGCAGUGGAAAGAACAGUUUACGCUUUCGGUGGACCCCUGCCAGACCAAGAAUCACUUUCGAGUGCAAUGAACAAGGUAUUUCCCUGCUACCCAACUUGCGAACCUAGGAUUUUUGAUAGUGAGCCUUACAACUUUAAUUGUUUAAGCAAACCCCACAAACUCUUUCGAUCCGCCCCGUCAAUAGCCCAUAGGGAUUACCUACCUUGGCUUGAUCGAGUCGAACAAGCGUAUGAGGAUUUCUGGAAGACAUAUGGCAUCUUUGAUUUGAUACAAUUCUCUCGAUCUGGUCCUGAAUAUCGACCAGAAAUGCUGAUAGCAGCUAUGCACUUUUUCGAGUCUUCUACCAACACCUUUCAAUUUAAAUGUGGUAUGAUGACCCCCACUCUCUUAGAUGUAGCCGCCCUCACAGGCCUUAGGCCUAGCGGAGAAACUUAUGACCCCACUAAUUCUAGUGACAAUAUCAAGCUAGUAUAUAAGGAGAAUACCUUUUCCAAAUAUAUAGCUGAACACAAAGGACCCGUCGAAGAGGAGGUUUCUGAUGAAGAGCACGUAGCCUUCUUAACCCUGUGGCUAUCUCACUAUGUUUUUUGCACGAAAUCCUUGCAAGUAGCCAAAAGAUUUAUUCCAAUGGCAUUACAAAUUCAUGAAGGUCAGAACUUUGGAUUUGGACGCCUCUUGUUAGCAGUGCUAUACGAAUCGCUUGGUGAGGCAUGCGAUGAUCUGAAGAAGUCGAAGGAUGGGUCUUCCUUCUUAGUAUCUGGGCCUAUGUGGCUUCUCCAGUUGUGGCUUAAUGCCACCUUCGAACAAGAAAUGGGAUUAAUAAUCCCACAAGAUUAUGCUGAAGAAGUUGCAAAUCGCUCGAUCGAAGGCCAGAGAGCACUUCGAUUAACCCCCAAGACCUUAAUUCAAAACUCACAAAAGCUGUUCCUAAAGUACAUGAGGAUUUUUCUGAGCUUUGACAAGUUUCUUCCCCAACAUGCUCCAUUCAUUAGUCGAGAGGUUGGCCCGGCCUGGUUCACUGACUAUUUUCCUGCUGUCGAUCCGGACAAUGAAGAAGAAGUGAACGAAAUAUGGUCAUUUUACUUGAAUCCACAGAUCCUGUCUUGUCGUACAGGUGUUCAAUCGAACUAUUUAGGCCUGGUUGGAUACCAGCCUAAUUUGGUUUCAAGACAAUUUGGCCUCUCGCAAAUCCGUCCUAAAAGCUUGUUCGAAGAUCCUCGAGACGUCAUAAGAGGGGCCAAUCUUUCGGAAAAGACUUUCAAGAAGUUUUUGAAGAUUUCUCUUGAUGAAAACUAUAACCUGCAUCCUUUUGAGUUCAACCAUUCCCACUUCUGCACCAUGGGGUUUGUUACCUGGUGGGAGAAAUAUUAUUCGACCCGUUCAGUUGGAGACACUACUAUCAUGAUCUCCAGACUUGAGAGUGGUUUUAUACAACCAACGGUCGAGAAUAUCCGCUCAAACCUUCAGGCUCGAGGCAAAACAAUCAUGACGAAGAAAAGUGCUGAAACGUCUCGAGCUGAUGUGAGACCCAAGAAACCCACCGGGGUGAAGAUCCAAGAAGGGAAACAAGAAGAGAAGGUAACUCUUCUGAACUUAUCUUUUACUCUUAACGUCUUGCCUCAUAUUUCUUUAUUUUUUCAGAGUCAAAAGAAAGAUGAUAGCAUUGAUACUACCACGACUUCAAAACGCUCGAAGCAUGCGGUCGUCGAAUUAGACGAAGAGUAAGAUGCAAGUUUUAUUUCUAAUGUCAAUAUUAUAGCUUUCUUUCAAGUCUAUAUUCUGACAAUUCUUUACCCUCGUAAUGCAGGAAGAAAAGGAAAGACCUCUUAUAAGAAAAAGAAAGUUACCUGCGACUUCGACCAAGUCUGCUGAACAAACAGAGGCAGGCAAUUCCCAGGCUCAAAUGCCUAAAAAGAAAAAGAAAGUAAAGCAGGUCGAGCCUGAACCUUCUGUGGCUGUUGAGGGUGGUGAACCAAUCAAGAAGAAAAAGAAAAAGACCAAGCCUUCAAAAGAACAAGGUGACAAUCAACCUGUUGACGUCCAACCACCUUCGACCGAUAUUGACGACACUGAAGUAGAGGCUACUCCUUCUGUUGCUGAGAUGGGCAACCCUGUCGAUCAACCGGACUCACCACAAGAACAACCUGCCGUCGAGGUACAACAAAAUGUUUCUGUAGAAGAAAUACCCUCACAUGCUCGAACAUCUCCCACUCCUGAGACGGAUGCAGUGAAUGUUGAAGAAUAGGGUGAAGGUCAAGGCAUUGGAUCCAGCAGUCCUCAUGGAUCGAGUCAAAAAAGUUCAUCCGAAGAAAACUUUUCCGAUGAAGAGGCCAUAGAAGAGGCUGAAGCUGGAGGUUCGGACAUUUACCCGGCGUCUUCGACAUCUAAGCUUUCCGCUAGCAUAGGGAUCGCAGAAGAUACAUUCAUUCAAAUGCAAGACGAAGACCCUGCUGCAGCCCUUCGACUCCUGCUGACCACAAGUCAAGCCGACAUCUCAAGUGAAAAGAUUCCUGGUGCUUCGUCCUCAUCUGAUGCCGAAAUAAACUCUUCAGUACGCCAAGAUUCUCUGCUCUUGAAGUUAUCCAUGGAAUACGCACGGGAAGAUGUGCUUAAAUCCAUUGAAGAGAACCCCUCUGCUGCCUUUGGGCACCUGAACUUUUUGAAGAAAUUGCACAACCCCCUUACCUCUGAUGAGAUUCUAGGCAAAGUUAUCCAAAUCGAGGCCAUCAUUGACCAAUUUGCAAGUACUGUGCAGAAAAAACGCGAAAAUGGCGCCAGACUGGAUGCCCAGAAACAGGCACAUAUCCUUCUGCUCGAAAAAGCCCGAGCUGCUCAACAUGAAGUCGAACGUCUCACCAAAGAGGCGAAAGAAGGAUCUUCUGAGAUCAAAGCCUGUGAUGAUAACAUCUCCUCCUGGGAGGCAACUAUUACGGAUUUGCUGUCUCAGGUCGAUGAUCUAAGGCAAAAAAUUGUGACGGAGCAGGCCAAACGCAAGGAACUCCAGGAGAAGGCCGCUAAUUCGAUUCAGAAGUUGGUUGCUGAAAAAGGGAGGGAAGGCCUGAAGGCCUUUAGCGCAUCUCAAGCUAUAGCAGAUGAGGCGAGAGUUAUGGAGAGUGCUGACCAGGUCUUAACUAAAGAGAUGGCCACCUUGAAGAAACUAUAUGAGGACUUGGUCAUGCACUAGUAGAACUUAUAAAUUUUUUAUUUCGAAUUCUGUAUUUCGAUUCUACUUUUUGAUGUAAUAUUGACAAAUGCCCUUUUGUGGCAAUUUACUGUUAUUGCCAUUUUUAUGUUUCCAGUAUUUUUCUUA